AUGGAAUUGUAUCCCCGAAUUGGCAAGAACUUUGAUAUCAAAGUUUUCACAAACUGCAGAUUUGGGAUGAUGUCAUGGGCUGUUCUUGCUGUCACGUAUUGCAUAAAGCAGUAUGAAACAAACGGCAAAGUAGCAGACUCCAUGCUUGUAAAUACCGUGUUGAUGUUGGUUUACGUUACAAAAUUCUUUUGGUGGGAAGCUGGGUGCUGGAACACAAUGGAUAUUGCACAUGAUCGAGCUGGAUUUUAUAUCUGUUGGGGAUGUUUGGUUUGGGUUCCUUCUAUAUAUACUUCCCCUGGCAUGUACCUUGUCAACCAUCCUGUUAGUCUCGGACCGCAGGUGAUUUUUUUUAUAAAUGAAAUUAAAAAAAAAGUAUUUUUUAUACAAAUAAAGGUGUAGAAACUAGAAACUGGGAUUAUUGGUUGGGGGGAAGCUCCA